AUGGACUCCGUAUCAUCAUGCAACAUGUCGUCCUCCUCCUGGACGAGCACCAGCGGAAGAAGAAGGACCAUCCCAGCGAAGAGCAGCAAGAGUGUUUCCUUCGGUACAACCCAGUCUCUGGUCUUUGAAGUGAUCCAGGGCCACCCAGACUUUGACGCCAAAUCUCCAUUGAGCCUUGGUUGGACGUGUCUGUCAACCUCAGAAGCAAUCCCCGUCGAUCAGUACGAGAACGAUCGUGCGCCACCCGUAUCGGAUCUUGAGGAGCUCCUCACCAGCAAGAAGGAACGAAAGCAAAUGAUCAAGAAUUGCCAGAAACUACACGGAAAGCAAGAUCUUGCUCAAUCGUCGGUAUGGAGAAUGCUGCGAAGACCCACAAAGGUCCUCUUCGGCUCACCACGCCGUAUACAAGCAUGCUAG